CAGCGCGUUUGCAGUCGCAGCCGUUACUGGGUCGUGCGGAGCAGGUGUGGAUUGACUUGAUGCCUCCUUUAAAAACCCUUCUGUGGUUUUUAACUUCCAAGAAAACACCCGGACCCUUCGCCUUCACGUCUUCACGUCUUUCUGGGGAAAUAUAUGUUUAUUUUUUGGCGCCGGCGGAGCGCGAAAUCUUGCCGGCUGCAGACGAUGUUCAGUUUUUAAUUAUAAAUUACCUCGAGCGUUCUCCGCGUUGAAACUUUACCUCGGGAAACACGGUGGAUAACUUGCGUUUUUUAAUUUAUUUUUUUCCUGAGGUAUUUUUUUAUUCAAAUUUUUUUUUUUACCUCAGAAAGUGAUGGCGGAGCGGGUGGCACGGCUGUUCGUGUUUUUCGCGAGUCUCACGGUUCUCCGGUUCUGCGGUGCGAAUAAAGGUUCUAAUAUUCGGGGCUUCACUCCAUUCAGGUUCUCUGUGGAACCCGUUGACACGAUGGCCGUACGUGGUCUCCCCGCCGUUCUGAACUGCUCGGCCAUUAGUAAUGCUCCAGUAAGGGUAGAAUGGAAGAAGGACGGAACGUUCCUGAAUCUAGCAGCGGACGAUCGGAGAAGACAGCUCGCAGAUGGGUCUUUACUCAUCAGCACUGUGGUCCACUCCAAACACAAUAAGCCUGAUGAGGGGGUCUAUCAGUGUGUAGCAACCAUCGACAAUCUGGGAACAAUCAGCAGCCGAACCGCGCAACUCACUGUGGCAGGGCUUCCGCGGUUCCUCAGCCAACCGGAGGGCGUGUCUGUGCGAAUGGGUGGCACUGAGAUGCUCAACUGUGAGAUGACGGAGGAACUCGCCCCAUUCACCCGCUGGGAGAGGGGCAGUCAGACCGUUGAGUUGGACAGCAGGGUGAUACAGCUGCCCAGUGGAGCUCUCGUGAUCAGUAAUGCCUCCAAGACCGAUGCUGGACUCUACCGCUGCACAAUUGAUGGUCUAGGACCGGCCAAAACCAGCGAGGAGGCGGAGUUACAAGUGUCUGCAGAUUUGGGUGCCGAGGAGAAGCUAGAGACCCUCCAGAGCCCAGUUGCCAUGGCGAAAGUUGUCGGGGAGAGCGUGUUGUUGCCGUGUGUCAUGAAAGGUUAUCCCAUACCAGUUAUUCGCUGGACGUUUAACGGCCGGCCAAUCGAUGAGAGCAAUGACCGUUUCACUGUGAUUGGUGGAGGGAGUCUGCAGAUGAUGAAUCUGACAGAAGAGGAUGCUGGGAUAUAUGGUUGCCAUGCAGACAACGGCAACAUGACCAGCGAUAUACAGGCAGAACUCACAGUUCGAGUUCCUCCAAGAUUCCUGACGAGACCCUCCAACACUUACGCCCAGGAGUCCAUGGACAUCAUCUUUGAGUGUGAUGUCACGGGGUCACCGCCACCCACUGUCAAAUGGAUGAAGGAUGGUGACACGGUCAUCCCGAGUGACUAUUUCAGAAUAGUGAAGCAGCACGAUCUCCAGGUUUUGGGUUUAGUAAAAUCAGACGAGGGUUUUUAUCAAUGUUUAGCGGAAAACGAUGCCGGGAACGUCCAGGCGAGCGCUCAGCUGAUCAUACUGGAUUUAGACCCUUCCGCUGUCCCUUCACUGACCGAUGCCACUGCUGAUCAUGUAGCGUCCAGCCCUGACAAGCGCUCUGGCCCCGCCCCCUCUGCACCGCGUGAUGUUGUGGCAUCUUUGGUGUCCACCCGCUUCAUCAAGCUGACGUGGCGACUUCCUGCCGAGCCACACGGGGACAACAUCACCUACUCGGUAUACUACAGUUUGGACGGCACUAACAGGGAGCGUGUUGAGAACACCAGCGGACCAGGAGAGAUGCAAGUCACCAUCCAGAACCUCGUUCCUGACACAAAGUACACAUUUCGGGUGGUCGCUUCCAAUGCCAACGGCCAAGGCGAGAGUUCCGCCCCACUUACAGUGGCCACACAGCCGGAGGUUCAGGUACCCGGUCCGGCCCCUAAUCUGCAGGUGGUAUCUGUUGGCAGCACCUCAGUCACAUUGAGAUGGGAGAGACCAAUCACUGGAAACGGGGAGAUCCAGACCUACAAACUCUUCUACACUGAAAAGGGUCAAGACUCCGAGCAGGACAUGGAAGUCACAGGUUUGUCAUGCACAAAGACGGGGCUUAAGAAGUUUACAGAAUACAGUUUCAGAGUGGUGGCGUACAACAAACACGGUCCUGGCGUGUCUACUGAGGACGUAACCGUCCGAACACUGUCUGACGUACCAAGCGCCCCUCCACAGAACCUUACCCUAGAGGUCCUCAAUUCAACGAGCAUCAUGGUCCGAUGGCAGCCGCCUUCCCCUGGCACUUUAAAUGGAGAACUGACAGUAUAUAAAUUACGCUACCGGAAAGGACUCAGAAAAGCGGAUGCAAUUGAAGUGUCAACCACACAACUCUAUCAGCUUAUUGAUGGUCUGGAGAAGGGAAAGGUCUACACGUUUAGAGUGUCGGCCACCACUAUAAACGGCACUGGACCAACGACCGAGUGGAUCACAGCGGAAACCUUUGAGAACGAUCUGGAUGAAUCUCAGGUGCCAGGUGUCCCGAGCUCCCUGCACGUUCGUCCACUGGUGAACCGAAUUGUGGUGAGCUGGACUCCUCCAGACAAUCAAGACAUUUUAGUCCGAGGUUAUAAAAUUGGAUACGGUAUUGGCAGCCCUCACGCACACACGGUCACUCUGGAUUACAAGCAACGUUUCUACAGCAUCGAUAACCUUGAUGCCAGUUCUCAUUACGUCAUCACUCUCAAAGCAUUCAACAACAUCGGCGAAGGAAUUCCGAUCUAUAACAGCGCCACCACCAGGCCUCAGUCCGCACCCGACCCCACACCCAUGCUGCCCCCGGUGGGCGUUCAGGCGACCGUCCUCAGCCACGACAAUAUCAAAGUCAGCUGGGCCGACAACUCGCUCCCGAAGAACCAGAAGAUCACCGAUUCCAGAUAUUACACCAUACGCUGGAAGACCAACAUUCCCGCCAACGCCAAGUUUAAGACGGCAAACACCACGUCUCUAUUCCAUACUGUAAUGGGACUGAAACCCAACACACUGUACGAGUUCUCCGUCAUGGUGACUAAGAGCCGCAGGAGCAGUACGUGGAGUAUGACGGCCCACGGCACCACCUUUGAGUCCAAUCCCAACUCCGCCCCUAAAGAUGUGACCGUCAUCAGUAAAGAGGGAAACCCACGAAUCAUCAACAUUAACUGGCAGCCGCCCACUGAAGCCAACGGCAAAAUCACAGGUUACAUCAUCUACUACAGCACAGAUGUGAACGCUGAGGUUCAUGAUUGGGUCGUGGAGCCCGUGGUGGGCAACAGACUGACCCAUCAGAUUCAGGGUCUGACCCUCGACACCACGUACUACUUUAAGAUCCAGGCACGCAACUCUAAGGGCAUGGGACCCAUGUCGGACGCCGUGCACUUCAGAACGCCUAAAGCUGAACCUUCCGAUAAAAUGUCGAGUGAUCAAGGGUUGCAAGUAAAACCCGGACACCCCACACUGCCGGAACACGGGAUCGGAUCCAACAUUGAUAAGCCUGGCAUCACGGGCAGUCAGGAGAAUCAUAUUCUGGUGAUAGUGGUGAUAGUUUCAGUCGGAGCGUUUACGAUCAUCGCUGUGGUCGUUGGGGCCGUCCUCUGCACGCGCCGGUCCAACUCGCACCAGAAGAAGAAGCGUGCAGCGUGUAAGUCCAACACCAGCUCUCACAAAUACUUGAGUUCUUCUAAAGACCUGAAACCUCCUGAUCUCUGGAUCCAUCACGAGCGUCUGGAGCUUAAACCCAUGGACAAAUCACCUGAACCGAACCCAGUUAUGACCGAGACACCGCUCCCUCGAACCGCCCCGGACCCGACCACUGAACCCUCCCAUCAGAGACGAGGUCACGAGGUCGAGGAAAGUGUGUCCACACUGACUGGUCGGAGGGGAGUGAGAGCCAAAAUGACGAUGCCUUUCGAUUCUCAACCUCCCCAACCCGUGAUUAGCGCUCACCCCGUUCAUUCCCUUGAUCAUCUUCAUCACCAUCAUCAUCACUAUCAUCUUCCUCCGCGCGGAUACCUUCAUCAUCAGAUCAGCCUGAGAGCACCCGCCACACCGACACCAUACUUAGACAGGGUGCCCUCUGCAGAGUCUGUGAGGAAUCAACCCCCUGCCCCAGAACCUCCGGUUGCACCCGGUCAAUCCACCUGCACAGUCGAGCUGCAGAAGACAGAAGCGAUCCUUAAAGAGGAAGACCCACCGAGCGUAAACCCACCGACGGGUCACGUCCGGCCAACACACCCACUCAAGAGCUUCGCCGUCCCGACGGUCACGGUCUCCACCCACAACCCGCCCACCUAUGAGUCUGCGUUACCCAGCACCCCUCUGCUGGCACAACCAGUGCCAGGCGUUAAGAUGGCGUCCAUAGGAACGCUAAAUCGAGCACGAGCUCCAAUGGCAGUAACGGUCCCCAAUGCACCCGGCCAAUCAGAAACCAGCAAGAUGUUGUUACAGUCAGAUAUGACGUAUGAAACAGAUGAACUAUCGGAGGAAAUGGCUCACCUGGAGGGUUUGAUGAAGGAUCUGAACGCCAUCACCACAGCGUGAAGCACAAAACGGCUCUCUCCAAUCACACACACUGAAAUCUCCGGCGUAACCCUGUUCUCAGGAAGAAUCAGGCCGUUUUUAAUAAACACUGAUCCCACAUCAGCUUUAAGAAUGAGGAACGGAAUUAUCAAUGACUGGAAAUGGAUGACGGCUGCUGUUUUUCCGUCCUGCAUGGAUCUUUUGAAUGAAGACGUUGGACUCAGAUGAGCCGUUCUGCACAGAAUACUUUCUUUUGUUAUUUUGGGGUUGUAUUCACGUAAUACAUAUUUUAAGCCUGUAUAUGUAGUUUUCAUUGUUUUUAUGGUAAUUUAAGGACUUUUAUUUUAUGAAACCUCACGUUCGCACACAUCGGGCUUCUUUUAUGAAACGCAAACCAAAUUAAUGUGUGUAAAUUGUUCAUAGAACCAUUUUUACAUAAAUUGUAAAACAUGAGCAGAACAAAUUAAAUUACAUAAAUUGUUCAUAAAUGCAUGCAUACGUUUUUUUCCAUUAAAUUUAAGGCGUAACUAAUUAUGUAUGAAUGGUUUUGUGUAGGAUUUGUAAAAUCAUUCUUAUUUACGUUGGGCCUUGUCCAUGAAACAUAAGCAAAACACAACCUAAAUAUAUGUGUACGUUAAAUUGUGGCAUUGAAUUUAAUGUGACGAUAAUAAUUGACGUAAUAAUGGUUUCAUAUAUAAUUUACACCGGAUUCUGUUUGUGUUUCAUGAAUACGGCCCAUGGUCGCAUUCAAUUUAACGUUCGUAAAAACAAUCUUUGGUAAAUUUCACAAUCAAAGGUUUACGAAACCAUUUUAAACAAACCGGCACAUUUAAUUCAACCUUUUUAAAAGCAUUCUUGCAUUAUCGAAAUUUUUUUCGAAUAUAUAUUAUUGAAUUUGUCAAUUAUGGGAAUUUUUAUUUAUGAAAAAUGUAUACAUUUAUUUUGCUCAUGUUUCAUGAAUAUUGCUUGUUUUGAGGCAUAUUGUCGCAUUUAUUUCAGUGUUCGGAAAAUCAUUCUUAUGUAAAUUUUCACAUUCAAUUAAAUUCGCGAAACCAUUUGGUUAAUCAUCACAAUUCAACGUUUGUAAAAGCUUUCUUUUUACAUUUUUUAUUUCCUUUUCUCCCCAAUUUGGAACGCCCAAUUCCCAAUGCGCUCUUAAGUCCUCGUGGUGGCGCAGUGACUCGCCUCAAUCCGGGUGACGGAGGACGAAUCUCAGUUUCCUCCAUGUCUGAGACCGUCAAUCCGCGCAUCUUAUCACGUGGCUUGUUGAGCGCGUUAGCGUGGAGAUGUAGCGCAUGUGGAGGCUUCACGCUAUUCUCCGCAAAAUCCACUGACAACACGCCACACGCCCCACCGAGAGCGAGAACCACAUUAUAGCGACCACGAGGAGGUUACCCCAUGUGACUCUACUCUCCCUAGCAACCGAGCCAAUUUGGUUGCUAAGGAGACCUGGCUGGAGUCACUCAGCACACUCUGGAUUCGAACUCGCGACUCCAGGUGUGAUAGUUGUAAAAGCAUUCUUACACGUCUCAUUUUAUUGAAUUUGACUAUUUACAGAAAAAAUGGUUUUAUUAGAAAUGUAAACAAAUUCAUUUAACUCCUAUUUCAUGAUUGAGGUUCAGCCGUGUUGUCUUAUCAUAAGAUGUAUAUGUUAUCGAUCAUCUCUCUUCAUUGCACUUCGUCUAAAGAGUCGUUGUUGGAAAGGAAGCGAGAUUUUCUUUCUUGUCUCUGGAGUUUCUGGGUCCUCAAUGUCUCAGAUGUAACGUCCCGUCUGUCGCGAGGGGCGCUCGUAGCAGGACAAUUCUUAAUAUGCAUCAAAAAAAAGAUUCAGUGGACGCCGCAUGGACAGCGGUUUUCAUGUUCUGUCGUUAUGAUCUUAUUUAACAUACAGUGACAUUAAUGACCGGUGCUGCAGAAACUCCAAGGUUUGCAAAAACGAAGCCUGAAUCGUCCCAGAACUCGGAGCCCCCUGGAUUCCUAAUUUGGGGCCCCAGAGAUUCAUCAUGAAGGAGUUUAAUGCCAAGUGACUCUCUGAUUUUUGUACUUUGAGAGCUAUAUGUUCAACGAACUGCAAAUAGUUGCUUACGUAAAUACUUUGUACACUCCCAAAAAGGAAGAUUUUUAUAUAUUCAUUUAUUGGUUUGUUUUUAUAUGAAUACGACACAUCGCUUUGUAAACAUUUUCCAUGUAAGUUAUGAUAACGCAAAGGGUUAAAUAAUCCUGCGUUGUGUUUUCACCGUUCUGGUUGACCAGCCCUUUCUCCCAAAGAAGGAACGAGAGGAAAUCUCAAUGACGAUGAACUCUGCCUUGCUCGUGUACAGUGUCUCACGUCAUGAAUGUCAAUGUGGCUGUAACAAGUUCUGCUUAAGAAUAAAGUUGUUGUUUGUGUUUACGAUUACAGGGGAAGAUUUCAAAAAGGAAAAAAUAAAACAGUGAACCGUGUUGUUAUGGGCAUCAUCAACUGUCAUCUGCACUGUUUAUAUUUUGAAUUUGAAACGGAUUGUUGAUGCCAUGUGAAAUAUGAACCUAUUUUAUGUGUCAAUGAUGUCACAAGUAAACCGCUGGAUUUAAAGACAAAUGGAACUCUUGAUUCUUGUGUUGUUACAUUCAAAUAUGUUCUAAUUUAAUGUUACAUGUAUUGAGGAAACUUGUGGCUUUUUUCCUCAAGCAGAACUUAAAAGCAAUUUUGUGUCCACCUCAUUGUUUAUCAUGACUGAUUUUAUUCUUGCUAUAUUUGAGUCAUUUGAGAA